ACAUAAAAUAGUAUAACCCGUGGCGAUCAGCCAUAGUAUAGUCGGUUUUGGCUUUCCAUGAAUAAAAAGAAAAUGCAGUUUUUGAACCUGCUAUUUUGUUGAAUUCGUAAAAAAAAACGAAAUGUAUUCUAAACGUAUAGUUAUAUCAAUUAUAGUGAUUGGUUGUUUGGCUCACUUCAUAACUUGUCCGAAUACAGUGGAUGAUAAAAAACAAAAUUCCAAAAGCCCAAGUAAAACCCCGGUGAAAGCGGCCCUACAACAAGGGAAACCUUCAACUAGUCGUGCACCUGUAAGACCGCGUGGACUUUCACCAAACAACAAUGCGGACUCUAAAAUCAAUGGCAAGGCCAAGAGUCCAACUAAGCCUGCAGCAGGGAAGCCGAUGAAACCACCUGCAGCUGAUAAAAAAAAAGAACCCGCCGAAAAUACUGCAGAUAAUCCAGACGGUGACGGUGAAGAACCCGCGGAAGAAAUACGGCCGAGUCGUCUCAGAAGAUUUUUCAGACGAAUCAACAAUUUCAGAAAAAAAACAUGUCCAUUUAGAUUUGUUGGCCGUUUAGUUAAAAAAGGUUUGGGUUCAAUAUUACCGAAACCUACUGAUGACGAGAAAUAGGAAGUGAACCCUGAUAAAAAAAAAAUACAUAAGAGACAGUCGUGUAAUAUUGUUUACUGACCACACCAGCUAAUGUGUUACGAUUGUUUAAUAAAAUAAUAAUACCUAGUUAAUAAUA